CAGAAAUAGAAUAGUUGUCUGUUUGGAUGGCCGCCCAGCUGAAACUAUGCUCAGCCCCCUUGACUGGCAAUGGAGCUGUGGACUUUUUCUUCCCCAAGAAAAACCUUAAGGUCAUGGUAGAAUUUGAGCAGUAACGCCAGUGAGCUCCAGUGUGCUGGUUGAGCUUAGAGGAGGAAGGAGGAGAGGAGCCUGCAGAAGGAGAGAGACUCUUGCGGCACGACCAUGAAAACCCCUUGGAAGACUUUAAGGUUCUGACCUUGGGCGCGGGUGCUGAGAAAAAGUAGUAUGGACACAGACAGAAUGGCUACUCCACAAAGUUCCAGACACAGUAGCUCUCUUUCAUCAUCUCCUAUGAGCAGAAGGAUGCGUGGGGGGGCAUCACUGCAAGUGGACUCGGUGCAGCGCUGGAUGGAGGACCUGCGUCACAUGACCGAGGUAGAGUGCAUGUGUGUGCUGCAGGCCAAGCCCAUUGGUGUGGAAGAGGAUCCCCAAGGCGAGCUUAUCGUGGCGUCCGGGCUGGGCGACCACGUGGCGCGGGACAAUUUGCAGACACUGCUGCGGCGAGCCCUGGUGGUCAGCACAGAACUGGGCAAGAUGUUCCAGCGGCUGGAGAAGAGCCGCUGGCAGAGGGUACACAGCACAGCCGUGCGCACAAACUGUCACGUGCGCUCGCUGGUGCACGAGUACAGCACUGCACGCAACACGCCACCAGAGCUGCAGAAGUAUGAGAAAUCUCUAUUGGAGAAGUGCAUAGAGCUGACUACCAUAACAGAGAGAUGUUUGCAUACCGAAGACAAAUUCUUCCUGAAGUCCAUGAGGGAGGCCAUUCACGAGAUCCUUACCGAUGUCAGUGAUUCGUUCAGUCAUAUGAUUGACCUGGCCCUAGCCAAUGAGAUCCAGAUCCUAAUCAGGCAGAUUGAGUCGUCAGACAAUAUGUACACCAUCGGCAGUGCCAUCAGCAACCUGCUCUCUCUCACCCAGGAUGGGCCACAGCUUUGCAGCAUCAUCGCCAAGGAGGGCGCUGUGGUGGCCUUGUUUAAGAUCUGCAGGCAAGACUGCUUCAGUGACCUCUACGCACAUGCAUUAAGGACCGUGGCCUCUGUGUGCUGCGUGGAAGAGGGGAUCAACCAGCUGGAGAAGGUUGAUGGGAUUCUGUGCCUGGCGGAUAUCCUGACAGAUGAGAACAGCACAGAGGCGGCGAGGGCAGAGGCAGCAGCGGUGGUAGCCCAGAUAACCUCCCCUCAUCACACCUCCACGCAACACCUGGCCAGCUUCCUGGAGAGCAUGCAGGAUAUUGUCACUGCCCUCAUCAAGUUGUGUGAGAGUGCCUCAUGUGGUGAAGUCUUUCUACUAGCAUCAGCUGCUCUUGCCAACAUUACGUUCUUCGACAGCAUGGCCUGUGAGACUCUCCUCCAGCUCAAUGCCAUCCACAUCCUCCUCCAGGCUUGCAAAGACCGCCAGAGAGUAGAUACACCCUACUCCAAGGACCAGGUGGUGACCAUCCUGGCAAACCUUUCGGUCAUAGAGCAAUCUGCAUCUGAAGUCCUUCAAGAGAAAGGGAUUGAUAAACUUCUUCUGCUCUUGAGUGAGAAGCCGUCCUCCACCAGUCCAUCGGAGGGUGCUGCAUGCGAGCGGGUGCAGCAGAAAGCUGCUGUCACUCUAGCACGUCUGAGCAGAGAUCCAAGGGUGGCUCAAAUGGCCAUCCAGCUGCAAGCCGUUCCUUGUCUUAUUGAGCUUUGCAGAUCGCCAUCAGAAAGGAACAACAGUGACUCAGUACUGGUCGCCUGUUUGGCUGCCUUGAGGAGGCUGGCAGCAGGCUGUCCAGAAAGCAUUGAGGCCAUAGACCAUCAGCAGCUUAUCAAACCUCGUCUGGUGGAUUCCUUCCUGUUGUGUUCCAACAUGGAGGAGAGCUUUGUAUGAGAGGGAGGUCCAGACAAGAGUUUAUGAAAUCUCAAAAUAAAGAAAUGCUUUAUGCCCCUGAAGGACAAACAAUGGGUCACAGGAGCCAAUAUUUUUGCCACUCUGAGAACUCAGCUAGAGACUCGAAAAUAUUUCUAGGGAAAAUGGAAGAUUACCAUUUUGGGAGUUACAGUGAACACUUUGAGUUUGUAGAUGAGAAAUGACUGUGAAAUUAUGUCCCUAUCCUAUCCAUGACAAAAUAUUAGAUUCUAUAGAACAAAUCUCCUCUCCUCUAGAAAGGUUCCACCUACAACAAUAAAGGGUGCUUUUGUUGACCCUGUGGUAUAAGCUGCAGACCUUCAGAACCCAACGGGUUUAUGCACAACAAACAUGCAUAUGAAGCUACAAUGAUAUUUUAUUUGUAUUUACUAUUUUAUUAUUGUGUCGGUCAAAAUCUGUCAAUUUUCAUUGUUCAGUGCCAGCUGCCAACUUCAUGGGUUGCUAAAAACGCUGACACACGUUCAGAAAGGGGCAGUUCAGAAUAAGGCAUUUUAGAGGAUGGUCAAAGUAAGAGCAGUCCUCCAAUGAAAAGGUUAUAUGGGACGUUAAUGAUCUGGUUUGUGUAUUGAAUUGUAAAACUGUGCAUUUCAAAUUGUAUAUCUACUAAGAAAAGACAUGUCUCAAAACCUGUUAUUAUCCUUUUAUUUAAAUAUCCUGAAUCUAAAUAAUGUUAUGCUAUUGUAUGGCAUGCAGAUAAUUUAAAAAAAGCAUAUCUUAUGA